UGUGCCAGCAAUUGCCGUGGGCAGCUCGCAAGGCUGGGGCUCUCAGGGCUCUCCCUGACUGCCCAAAAUGAAGCUGCACAGUGCUCCAUGUCCCACAUCCACGCUGUCUGCUGGUCAAGGGAGCGUGUUCUGCUGAUCUCCUGGGGAUGCCAAGGGAACAAGAGCCCAGCACAGGCACCACAAAAGGAUCAGCACAGCCCCACGCUGCUGCCUGGGCUGGAGCAGGGACGAGUUACAGCGUGGGAGUCCUCGCAAGCAAGUUCCCUUUGGGAUUAUCUCUGAAUUUUCACCUGGCACUGCCCCAGGGAGGCUGAGAACUUUCUUCCAGUGCAUUUAAGCCCACAGGGCGGGGGGAAUGCAGGUGUAAAGGUCAGUGGUGCAAGAGCUGAGGCUUGCCUGGACUUCAGCCUUCCCUUCCAAUCCACGGCCAGAGGAACUCAAGGGAAAUCCGGAGAGGGCAGAGCGGCGAAGGCACAGCGCUGUCCUGCAAGCUGCUGUCACACCAGCCUGUCACCUGCUGCAGGCCACCAUGGUCCGGCGUGUGGCUGUGAUUGGGGCUGGGGCUGGGGGCUUGGCCUCUGUCAAGUGCUGCCUGGAUGAGGGGCUGGAGCCCACGUGCUUCGAGAGCAGCGAGGACAUCGGCGGCGUCUGGCGCUACACGGACUCCACAGACAGCAGGAGGAUCACUGUGUACCGCUCAGUCAUCACCAACACCUCCAAGGAGAUGUCCUGCUUCAGUGACUUCCCCUUCCCCGAGGAUUUUCCCAAUUACCUGCCCCACAGCCUGGUCCUGGAAUACCUCAGGAUGUACGCCCAGCACUUUGACCUCCUGCGGCACAUUCGCUUCCAGACAACAGUUCUCAGUGUGAGGAAGUGCCCGGAUUUCAGCACCUCAGGCCGGUGGGAGGUGGUCACUGAGAGCCAUGGUGUCCGUGAGUCCCACGUCUUCGACGCUGUCAUGGUGUGCACUGGCCAUUACCAGGAGCCCUACUUGCCAUUGGCUUCUUUCCCAGGCAUUGAAAGUCGCUUUAAAGGCCAUUAUCUGCACAGCUGGGAGUACAGGGACGUGCAGGCUUUCCAAGGGAAGCGUGUCCUGGUGCUUGGCAUCGGCAACACCGGCGGGGACCUCUCUGUGGAGCUGAGCCGAGUGGCUGCCAAGGUGUUCCUCAGCACCAGGAGCCACACGUGGGUUGCCAGCCGGGUCUCAGAUCAGGGCUUCCCCGUGGACAUGGUCAGCACCACCCGCUUCAACUCCCUCCUGGACUGGCUUCUCCCAUCAGCCCUCACAAGGAGGAUCAAGUUUCGGAAGUUCAAUUCAUGGUUCAACCACACAAACUAUGGCUUGGCCUCCAGCAAAAGCUCCAAAUUUAAGAUAAUUAUCAAUGAAGAGCUGCCCUUCUGCCUCCUCUCUGGGGCCGUGGUGUUGAAGCCCAACGUGAAGGAGUUCACUGAAAGCUCUGCUGUUUUUGAAGACGGCACAACCGAAGGAAACAUUGACGUGGUGCUCUUUGCCACGGGCUACAACUUCUCCUUCCCCUUCCUGGAGGAGUCUGUUCGGGGCUCCAUCCACGACAACCGCUCCCUCUACAACUGCAUCUUCCCUCCCCAGCUGGAGCAGCCCACGCUGGCCAUCAUUGGCCUGAUCCAGCUGACAGGCUCCAUCAUGGUGGGCUCAGAGAUGCAGGCUCGCUGGGUCACAGGGGUCUUUGCAGGCUGGAACAAGCUACCUCCCCCCAGCAGGAUGAUGGCUGAGGUUUUGAAGAGGAAGCCAGCAGUCAAAAGGAACCCAUCUGAGAGGGAGAACCUGAAGAUGAGUUUCAUCAGCUACGUGGACAAAAUCGCUGCGUGCGCCGGCGUCAAACCCAGCGUGCUGAGGCUGCUGCUGACAGACCCCAAGCUGGGCCUGGCCAUCUUCUUUGGGCCCUGCUCCCCCUACCAGUACCGGCUGCAGGGCAGGGGCAGCUGGAGUGGGGCCAGAGCUGCCAUCCUCACCCAGUGGCAGCGCUCCCUGCGGCCCCUAAGGACCCGAGUGCUGCGUGGCAGCUCCAGCAGCUCCUGGAGAUGGAGCUGGAUGUGUCUCCUGGCUCUGCCAGCAGCUCUCACUGCAGCUUGGCUCUGCUCCAAAUACCCCCAGGCAGGCUGGAGCCCCCGGCUGUAGGAGGAACAUGGAGAGAUGCGAUGCCAGGUGAUGUGGGUACGGUGCAAAGCUUGCCAGUGUCAUGGUUCGGAAAGCCAGGAGUCUGCUAAGGAAGGCAGGAGCCUCCCCUGGAAUGGAGAAUGUAAACCCUCCCCAUC